CUACCACCAUGACAACCAAGGAAAGCGUGGUGAUGCGGCAACCUACCAGCGGGAGACAAGUCCUGCGCUUGACCAACACGUUCAAGGAAGUGACUGUCUCAAAUUGCCGCAGAGUUGUUCUCCCGAACACUGUACACAUUCCUCGCCCAGCCCGAUGAAUAUAACCGACACGAGCAAUCAGGUGAGCAUUUCCAAUGUCUUCCCAGAGGAUAGUGAACUUAGUGACGUGACUGAUACUAACGUGAUCCCCACCAUAGUGCCGGACUUAAUCCACGUCUCACGCGAGGACAAGAGAUCAGGUGCUAUCGAAGGAAUGCAAAAUUCGUUUCGACCAAUCAAACCUGCUAAAGAGUUCAAAACUGAUGCAGCCUUUGUGACCAAAUCAGACCCAGAAAAUGAAAUGUACGUGGCAUUAGACUUGAAAAAUGAAGAUAGAACGAACAAGGCAACCGGGACACGGCAAGUGCAGCCUCAGAUCGCAGCAGACGAUGGGAAUAAAGGAAAUAAACAUCCAAGCAAACAAGAGUCCAGGCGGAAUUUAUUGAAAGCCGGUCGC